AGUGUAGCAAAACCAAAUUUUACAACCAUAAACAAAAUAGUAAAAUUUGUAAAUAGCAAAACCACCGUGAAGAUGUGUUACAUUCUAACGAAAACACACCAUUGAAAAAGGCUGAUAAAUAUGACUGAUGAAACAAAAUCAAAAACCACGUCGUUGUAGUCAUAUUAACAUAUGAACAUUAAAUACAAAUCACAGCUUGUAGUGCCAGUCUAGAAACGAAUAACUAUAAUCAGGAUGCCUGUGCUUGGAUAUAGGAGAUAUAGUGGUGGCGUGGCACUAAUUGGUGCUACUCCCAAUCUAUCACAGUUAACGGCUGAAAUUAGUGCAAAAUUAGUAAAAGUCCAAAUAUCGUCAUCGUACGAUAGUAUCUUUGGACGGCUUUGUCUAAGUUCAUACCGAAACAGUUAUGAUGGCAUUAAGAUCUGUUUGCAAUUACAAUUAAAACUAACGAAAGAAGGAAAGAAUGAGCGCAACGAAAUCGACAUGUUUGAGCAUUUUCCCAUCGAGACAAUGUUAACGUCCUCUGGUGAAUUCAGAGGACAUCAAAAACUAGAUUUCAUAUUAAACUUUCCAAAAGACCGAAUUUUUCCUCACCCAUUUUACUGCUCAUCUGGAAGUCUUUCGUACAAACUGGUUGCACUAAUGUCACAAGAUGAUAAGAUCACCUGGGAAACAAUUGCCAGUAAAUUUUUGUUGGACUUCAAGGGACAUUAUAAUUUAAGUAGCAUGGAAGUACAACCGUCGGUUGAUUGUAAAGAAUUUCUGGAUGGAAAAAUUACGUCGAUCUUUACGCUUAGUAAGCCCGUUUUGCUUGUUGGACGUGAUACGGUAUUAAAUGCUACGUUGCAACUCGAAGGAUUAUUUGAAUACCAAGUGGAUGUAACCGUAACAUUACUACGAAAGAAACAAAUCGGCGAGAUUGUCGAUACUGAGAUCAUUUCACAGCAAAGACAACAGACCACGGUCCAUGAACAUAGUGUCGUCUUGGAGUGGAAGUUGGAUGUUCCACUUACUGCAACAGUUACUUAUGCGAAUGAACUUAGUCCCAUGUAUUCGGUGAGAUAUUUUUUGAAGUACAAAGCUUCAUUUAAACAACUGACUGGCUGUCAUGGAAGCACAUUUGGUGAUGGUGAUAGUAUUGUGGAAGUGAAAGUAGCAACCGCAUUCGAUAACAGUUCUGAUCCAAGUAAAAUUAGCGAACACCUCAAACGAUUAACACUGGAGAGUAGAUGCUCGUCUGCAACAUCGAUACUUACUUUACCACCGGCAUACUCAGAUCUUUCAUCGAGUACGUCUGCAGCGUCGAUACCUACUUUACCUCCGGCAUACUCUGACCUUUCGUCUUGUAUGGGAUCGAUAUUGUCUUUGGAAACCCAGCCUCCCGACUAUGAUGAACUGGACGAAGCCGAGACACCGGUUUAGGAGUAAUAAGCGUAAAUAGAAUGAACCUUAUCAGCGACCAUUUAACGAUACCUGUGUCAUUUUAAUGCACUAAAAAUUCUUCAUAAAUCAAACCAAAAAUCAGAAAUACGUGUUCAACACCACAACAAGGACCAAGCGAUGGCUGGCUUUGCUGUGAUGCCUUAUUACGAAACAUUUUACAAAUAUCUUUGUACUUAUCUUCUUGCGAAUAAAUGUUUUUUCUAUGAUAAAAUAA